GGCUGCACCUUCUCCCCGGAGCCCAGCCCAUCCCAAACAUGCAAAGCUUAUCCAGAAGCCUCCUGCCAGCUUUGUCCGCUCAAAGUCACCUUGCCCCAAACCUUCAGCUCCACGCUCCGGGCUCGCUCGACAAUCAUUAAUCGGCUUCUCCGCAUUCCGGGCAUGGAAAAAUGCCCCAGCGGGUAACCCUGUCCUGGCAUUCCGACAUGCCGCUGGCCGGCAAGCUGGUCCUCUCCGCUCUGCUCCUCCUGACACUGGCGUACAGGUUCUAUAGGUCCCGUUUGCUUGCUGGGGGUAAAAUCUCACGGGCCAAUGAAGAACAGAGGGAAAAUGCUGCCUGGGAUGGGGAUGGAGAUGGGGACGGUGCGGUGGGUCUGCGGCGGAGGAGGGUGUUUGGUGAGGAGGUGAGGAUGGGUGGUGGGAAUGCACAAGUGAUUGGCACUGGGACACGGCGCACGGCUUCCCAGUGGGAUUGGAGUCUGCCGAGGGGUGAGGAGGGAGAGAUGGUUUCUGAAGUGGGGCUGACUGGCGGGAAAGUGGGGAUGGGCAGGAGGGGAAGUGAGCUGGGAAAUAAGCUGGGAGGUGAGACAGGAAUUGAGCCUGGAGGUGACCUGGGAAGUGAGCUGGCAAGAAAACCAGGAAUUGAGGCAGGAAACAAACUGGGAAGUGAGGUGGGAAGUGAGGUGGGAAGUGACCUGGCAAGUAAGCCAGGAAUCAAGCCAGGAAGCAAGCUGGGAAGUGAAGUGGGAAGAGAGCUGGGAAGUGAGUCAGGAAGUGAUCUGGGAAGCAAGUCAGGAAGUAAUCUGGGAAGCAAGCCGGCAAGAAAUCUGGGAAGUGAGCCAGGAAAUGAGCUGGAAAGUGAGUUGGGAAGUGAUCUGAGCUCUUAUGAGCCUGCGGGUGCAGCCGAAACACUGAGCAGCGCUGGGGAGAGGGGCACACUUGCUCCCAGCACCGGGCUCUCCCCCAGGACUGCUAAUGAUGAUGACAGCCUUGUCCAAAGCAUGGAGCAGGAUUUGGCCAGCAGAGGCAUGAGUCAAGAGGUUGAGAAGCAUGGGGAGAUGAUCCAGACCCUCAGUGUCACCUCAGACCUGGCACUAACGAUGACGACGAGCAGCAUAGGGUCAGAAACCUCCUAUUCUUUCUCCUCGGUUGCAAAGAUUCAGGUGGAGGAGGGGUACAUCACCGAGCAGCGGGUGAAGGACGGGGCUGGGCAGCCAGGCCCUGGCCUAAAAGGCAAAGUCUAUGACUACUAUGCCCAGUCCAUCUCCCAGUCAGUGUCAAAGAAGAGGUCUCUCCCCUACAUCCCUCUGGGAACAUCCCAGUGCUGCAGCUCGGAGUGGGUCAAUGAAGAGAUGCAGAACUUUGCAACAGAGGAGCCAGACCCAGCUUUGGCAAUGCAGGAUCCCACCACCUCUUCUGUAGUUCCAGCAUCUACGGGGAGCUUGGAGCCUUCUCCUGAGCCACCAUCUCCUGGCCGCAAGAACAGCAUCCUCCACAUUGCUGAAAGCCCCCACCUCCAGCUGCCCAUGGAGGGGUUUGGGGUCACAGCACCAGUUGACACACCACCUGCAAGCCCCUGGCCAGGGCUGGUGGCCAGUGUUGACCAAAUGCCACCAUCCACCCACCUGGACCUGGGGAACUGCUACGAGGUUCUCUGCACAGCCAAGGCGCAGAAGCUCCGCCACCUCCAGGAAGCUGCCUACAAGGUGAUGAGCGACAACUACCUGCAGGUGCUGAGGACACCAUCCAUCUACAGCCGUCUCAAUGCCGGUGAGCGGGACCUCAUCCUGCGGCAGAGGAUGAAGGGUAAGAUGCACAUGGUCGUGGCAGACGUCAACCUGCAGGAGCGUGGCCUCCACACCAGCCGCCUCUGCUACUAUGAUGAAGGAGGCGACUGCUGGCAUCAGCUCUGCCACAUGCCACCAGAGGUGGUCUCCCAGGGGUGUGCUAUGUGCAGCAUAUUCAACUACCUCUUUGUGGUGGCUGGCUGCAAGGGCAUGGGCCGGAUGCAGAGACCUUCCAACCGCGUCUUCUGCUAUGACCCCCUGACCAACAUCUGGAGGGAGAUCUGCCCCUUGAACCAAGCACGGCCCCACUGCAAGCUCGUGGCCUUGGACGGCCACCUCUAUGCCAUUGGUGGUGAAUGUCUCUACACAGUAGAGCGCUAUGACCCCCGGCAGGACCGCUGGACCUUCACUGCACCCCUGCCCUAUGACACCUUUGCUGUGGCCCACACGGCCACAGUGUGUGAUGGGGAGAUCUACGUGACAGAAGGCACUUUGCGCUAUGUGCUGCUGCGAUACGCUGCCCGCUCGGACAGCUGGAGGGUCAGCCCAGCCAGCGGUGACAAGAACAGGACAGUUGAGAUGGUGAGCACCAAUGGCUUCAUCUACCGCUUUGACCUCCACCGCCGCACAGGCAUUGGUGUCUACCGCUGCAGCGCCAAGGCCAAGCUAUGGUAUGAAUGUGCCACCUACACCAUGGCCAACCCAGGUGGCUUUCAGUGUGCUGUCGUGGGCAGCUUGGUCCACUGUGUUGGCCGGCACUUCCACAUACGCUUCUUGGCUGACCACAUCUCACCACGCUUUGGGACCAAGGAGCUGCAGCCCUUCCCGUCACCCCAUGGCAGCCUCCUCCCAGCUGUCCUGGUGUUGCCGGAAGGAGGGAUGCCACAAACACAGGUUUGAGGGACGCAUGCAGCAGUGGUGGUGGCUUAGGCAUGACAUGAUGGUGAAAGCUGCUAGAAGAAGCCACCAGCCCACAUUGGACUACAUAGCAUGGGACCAAGAUAGAACCAGGACAAUGUUACCCACACAUACCACCUAGCAGGCAUCCUUCCAGGCCCUGUAAGCAAGGAGACAAACUGCCUUUGGAUACUGCCAGUAAACCCAGCCUUGAAGACACAAAGAAGGACAAAGCCGGAGCUGGGUGGACUUGUUUGCGUAGAGGUAUUUAAACAUAGGUGUGCUUGCUCGGAUGCAAAUAAACCACAGCUUGCUGCAGGCUCCCAGCUGUGCACUGCCUGGGUGAUUAAUACUGACCUGGACACACAAUACAAGGGGGAUUUUAGGGUGGAGGAACACAGCAGGGAGGUUUGAUCACUAAGGAGAUAUCACCCCAUCAGCAUCAAGCCACCAUUGAGCCUUUAGGCUUGAUCGUAUACAUCACGCCAAGGCUGGAGACUGGGGUGCACUCCUCCUACUAGUGCCUUGUUAUCUGUUACAUAGAAUCAUAGAAUGGUUUGGGUUGGAAAGGACCUUAAGAUCAUCCAGUUCCAACCCCCUGCCACAGGCAAGGACACCUUCCACUAGAGCAGGUUGCUCCAAGCCCCUGUGUCCAACCUGGCCUUGAACACUGCCAGGGAUGGGGCAGCCACAGCUUCUCUGGGCACCCUGUGCCAGUGCCUCACCACCCUCAGAGGGAAGAACUUCCACCUUAUAUCUAACCUGAACUUCCCCUGUUCCAGUUUGAACCCAUCACCCCUUGUCCUAUCGCUGCACUCUAUGGUGAAGAGUCCCUCUCCGGCAUCCUUGUAGCCCCCUUCAGACACUGGAAGCUGCUCUGAGGUCUCCAUGCAGCUUCUCUUCUCCAGGCACAUAUUUACCUUCUCAUCAGCACAGAAUUCUAUAUAUAUUUAUAUGUACGUGAUGUAAAUAGACACUAUAGAUUUAUAGACAGCUGGUCUUAAAUGAAAUUAAAGUGAA